AUGUUCGCAUCCACGGCUCUGACAGCGCUGCUGUUUGGCUUCCAUAAAACAACCGCUCAACAGUUCAAAGACUACGUCUUCCCUUAUGAGCUUCUGGGUCUAAGCAGCAAGUGUUUUACUGCGGUCAACACCACGGUUACUUCAUGCCCUGGUUGGCUUGCCCCGUUUGCUGGCAUUGAAGCGGCCAGCUUCGACCUCCUUAAGGAAACCGAGCUCAAGGCUCUCUGUGCCAGCAAAUGCCAAGAUGACCUUGCGCAUUUGAGGACUGCCAUUGCCAAAGGGUGCACAGGUAGUAAAGACGUGAUGGCUCCAGGCGGUGUGGCGUACCCAGCUACAUUCCUCGUUGAUCGUUAUCUUUAUGCGUCUAGCCUGUCGUGCCUUAGGGACUCAGCCACUGGCGAAUAUUGUGACAUCGUUGUCGCAGCGUGGAGAAACCAAACUGAGCCGUACACGGCGGCUCAAAAUUGCUCUGAGUGUCAGAUAGGAAUUCAGGCGAAGCAGCUUGCGUCUCCCUUCGGCUAUGACAAAGAAGCAGCAUCCGCCUUUGCCUUCACCACGUCAAGCUGUGCGGCCAAGACAUACAGCUACGCGACACCCACAAGCUACGCGCUCAACUCCACUACGGUACCUCCAUCAAGACCUACCUGUGCCACCAACCGAACAUAUGUCAUCCAAAAGGAGGACUCAUGUAAUACCAUCGCUGAGGCACAGGGCGUUGCCACCGAAGCCCUGAUUAGCCUGAACGGGCUGGACCUGGGUUGUACCAUGAUGCUUCCUGUUAAUACCUCACUCUGCCUCCCACCCGCCUGCAAGAUCCAAGAGCUUAGCCCGGACGACACCUGCAGGUCCAUUAUAACGGCACAGAACAUUACCAUCAGCCAGCUCUUAGCCUGGAACCCCAUCAUCAGCGCGGGCUGUGGUAAUCUCGACCGAUGGCGCGGCCGGUUCAUAUGCGUCAGCUCGCCGGGCGGGACCAUCGACGUGCCCGACGGCAAUGCCACAACCACAGAAGCCCCCAUCCCCACUAACACUCAGGGAGGAUCAAACACACACUGCGGCCAAUGGUAUACGGUCCAACCAGACGACUCGUGCGCGUCCAUCUCCAUCGCCUUCUCCAUCGCCCUGGCCGACUUCUACUUCCUCAACCCCCAGGUCGACAAAGCCCACUGCAACAACCUCUGGCUCGGCUCCGCCUACUGCGUCAAACCCGUCGGCAACAUCCAGACCUACCCAGACUACCCCGUGUCAGUGCCGUCCACCACCUUCACCCGGCCGCCACCUGCCAACGAAACCGAGGCUCCGCCGCCGGUAUUAGACAUGCCUGCGCUCAACCCCCGCGCGGAAGGGACCGUUGACGGAUGUGAUAGCUACGAGAAUGGCUGGCCGGAGGCUGUCACGGCGCAGAACCCCGAUGCAAACACGUGUGUGACGUGGGCCAACAUGGGCGACGUCACGGUGGCGCAACUGAGGCGGUGGAACCCAAGUUUGACAGAGGAGAAGUGUGUUCUCUCGGCGGCGUACAGUUACUGCAUUGUCAAUCUGAAGGACAAGGACGCACAAACCCGGGAAGACAGCAGUUCGUGCUAA